GUGCCCUGAGCGCCGCUGUCCUGAAAUGCCAUAACAGCAAGAUAUAGUUCGAGAAUGUGGAAUGCUGUGGUUGUUGUAAUAAUCUCUGGAUUACGAUCCCAUUGUGCGCGAAAGAUUUGAUGCGCGUGUCUCAGAUACACAAAUGAUGAUCGAGAAUGAGCGCAGAGUUUCAGGAGCAUCCCCCAGGCCCCAGGACACACUUCCAGGCUGUUCAUCUGUUCAAAGGCAACGUCAGCCACCUAUGCCUAAUCAGUACCUCAAACCAGCAAUUGCACCCAAACCUAGAAAAUUUCCCCAGCAUCAUCAUAGUUCUAACAUUUAUUUCAAUAUGCUCCACCCUGACAGAACCCUUAAACCCUCAAACGUAAGACACCAAAUGACGAAAAUGUAUAGAAGAAUAGUGCUGGACCAGGAGGAGUCACAAGAGAGGAAGACAGUCCAAACAGAUGAGACAGAACAGGAUGUUAUUGUGGAACAGGGGGAUGAGUUAGGAUGCGGGGAUGAGUUGGCACAGGGAAUUGACUUGGAUUUGGUGGAGGAUUUAGAAGACGGCGAGUCAAUGGACCUUCACUCUAAUUCAUGCAGUAAGAGAGUGGUAAAUAGUAACAGAGUGGUGGAGCAGAUACACUUAAAGGAAGUAGGGAAUAUAGCAUUGGGAUUGACUAAAAAUGGUGUAUCAUCAUCACAUAAAAGUUCCAGUGUUGUUAAAUUACCCUCUAAUACAAUUUACGGACAAAAUGCAUACACUAAUGCAAUGCUAAUAGACGAUAUAAUCUAUGGCAAAACUUUCAUUGAAGGAUUUUAUCCAAAUGGAAUGUCCCCCAGUGGUGUGAUUACAAGCACAAUGUUUUCAAAUGAAGAAGACCCAGAUGAGAUAUUUCAAUACAUUUGUGAUGCAGGCGAGGCAUUGGCAGACAAAGAUGGACUUUCCGAGUGUGACCUGUUUGAACAAACAGAACCUUCACAAAUUAUAGAGACAGAAGAGAACGUCAGCGGAGAUAUAACGAUGCUCACAAUGGAGGAGGUAUUGGACAGUUCUGAAUUGUCUUCAACUUCCGAUGAGGAAGAGGAUGAUGAAAUGCAGGAGGAAAAAGAAAACAUUGAGGAACAAGAAGAUAAUCAUUUGACAGACAAAAGUUCUUCACAAGAUCUCUCGGCAGCCAUUGAGGCUCCAGACAAUCCCUUAUCAGACAGUUCUGAUCUGUCUUCAUCUUUCCUUGAGGUAGAGGAUAAUGAAAUGCAGGAGAAAAAAGAGCAAUUUGAGGAACAAGAAGAUCAUCAUUUGUCUGACAAAAGUUCUUCACUCAAUCUCUUGUCACCCAUUGACACUCCGGACUAUCCCACAUCGGAUGGUGGACAUGAAACCCUCUUUCGGUCUGAUCAACCCUGUUUCUUGAGUUCCUCAUCUUCUCCAUCCCAGCCAUUCUUUGUCUCAGGAGCUGAGACAGUCUUAGAUUAUGAGGAUGUAGCAGAUGCAAAUCACAAUUAUUGCAACAAAGAUUCAGUGGAGCAAGAUCACCCUGAGAAUGAUCAGACCAUCUUAAUUCCUGACCUCUUCAGUGGCCUCUCACUUAUUCAUCAGCAAUCUGAAACCAAAUGCCAAAGUUUACUACCAUAUGAAGUUGAGGAGCGCAUUGGGCAAGAAGAAGUUCCAAAGAACCAACUGAGUAUGACAACUGAAAAUUUAGAACUCACUGGUCUUACAGAAGAACACGUGUAUGAAGAGACAGAGCCAAAAAUCCAAGCAAAAGACUUCCUUCAGAACAGAAAGUACUUUAUGACUCGCUCUAUAUCUGUGGAAACCCCCAGUAAGAAACUUGACCUGAUGAGUAGCCCAGCAACAGGAAAUGCCCGGCUUUUGCUACACCCACGCUCCUUCUGUCCAGAUCAGUGUUUCCUUGGAAAUGGUCGGCUCGCACUAACUGGUUCGUUAGGAUGUCUUUCACAAGGCGUCCACAGCUCAACAGACUUAGCUAAAUUCACUAGAGUGGAUAUACCACCCCCUUUUGAACUGGCUUCCAUCACUAAACGACCAAUCAGAAAAAAUUCGCCAUCCCUGACCAACGAAAUGGCUUCCUCUUGCAAGAAAUCUGAUUUUGGGUUUAAACGUUACCUACUGCCAUUACGAUUCCUCAGGAAAUCUGAACGGAAAAGCAUGAUGGAUAAUCGCUCAAUUUCCUCCAGGUCCUCCUCUGAGUCGAGUCCACAAGGGUUAUGCAAACACCUGGAUUUAAUCAGGCAUAGCAUGGGCAGCCCUGAGUUAAAGAGGACCCCAGAUUGCACACAACCAAUAUCUACCUCUUCCUUUAUUUUCCCAAAAAAUAGGCAUAAACCGGAACUUAACUUAACACUUAAUACUAAUUUAACUUCCAGCACCGAUAAUUUGUUACAUUCCCACUUUGAGCCCCUACCCCUUUCUAAAUCUCGAUCUUUUUCAUCUCCCAAUGCUGACUCAUCGGAAUACGAGAACGUUCAAAAUGCUUCUUCUCACUAUGAGAAUGUGCAGAUUCGCCUUCUGAACCCCAUCAUUCAGAGUCAACGAAAUCAGAGUUCAACCAGUGACACUGAUGGUUAUGUGGAUAUGAGCAGUCUACCAGGCUUCCAUGGCAAAAAUCAGUCUUCUGAGCAAGAGACAGAUAGUACCUACACUUUCUGUUCUCCGAAUGUGAGGCCAGAUGGAACAGUGGGUGUGUCUGUAGGUGUGGCUUGUACAAGAGAGAAAAGGACAAAGACAUCUGACAAACUGGCUGUCAGCUGCUCCAGGGCAUUCUACAGCGCUAAAGAGCUUUUGGACAGUGAGGCACAGCAUGUUAAGUCUUUACAACUUCUCUUUGAGACUGUUGAAGCGGAUGAGAGGCUGAGUACACUAUGGACAGAGAUACCUGAUAUUUGUACCCUCCACCAAGAUAUACACACACUACUGGAGGCCUGCAUCAAGGAAUGGGAUCAGAAUGAAGGGAUUGCUGAAAUCAUCUUGGCAAAGAAGACAGGGUUUUCCAUCUUCUCCUCUUACAUCAGCCAUUAUGAUGAAAAAGUGAAUUAUGUGGAACAAAUACAAAGCACAUUACCAGAUGUGGCAACCUUGAAAAAGCACUUGCUGCAGGUCAUUGUGCGCAUCCUACAAUACCGAAUGCUGCUAACAGAAUACCUGAAUAAUCUCUCACCAGACUCCAGAGAAUUCCAAGAUACACAAGAUGCUUUGGCGGUGGUCUCAGAUGUUGCUUAUCAUGUCAAUGACUGCCUCAAGAAUGGAGCAGAUCUUUUGCGAUUGGUCCAUAUUGAACACAGUGUUCUAGGUCUGACGGAUCUCUUACAGCCUGGGAGGGUUUUUGUGAAAGAAGGUACCCUCAUGAAGGUCAGCAGGAAGUGCAAGCAGCCCCGUCACCUUUUCCUGAUGAAUGACAUUAUGCUGUACACAUAUCCUCAGCAAGAUGGCAAAUAUAGACUCAUCAACACAUUACCACUGGCAGGGAUGGAGGUCAGCAAGCCACUGAUAGAGAAUGCUCAGAAUGCAUUGAAAAUUGAUGUGAAAGACAUAAGCAUCACUUUGACCGCCAGCUCCUGCAUUGAACGAGACGGUUGGUUUUUUACACUGAAUCGGACGUUGCUGGACCUUGGCCCAGCGCCAGGAGACCCAGUGGACUGUCUUGAGUUCUUAGAGGUGCCAGAGAUUUGUCUUGGCGAGAAUGCUCCUCCCCUUUUGUCCGUCUCUCAGGUGACAGUUUGCAUGAACUGUCCCUCUCAUUUUAGCCUCACAAAUAGACGACAUCACUGCCAUGCCUGUGGCAAGGUUGUUUGCAGAGAUUGUUGCAGGAAGAAGUUCCCCCUUAAAUACAUGAAGAACAGACGGGCCAAAGUGUGUGAUCAAUGUUACACUGAGCUUCGUAAGCAUGAUGUUGCCACUAUAACGGAGAGCUCCAGUCGGCCACUCUCUGCUGUGUUUCAAAACAUUCAUCCAUCCAGUCUGUGGAAGAACCGCAAAGGCCAGCUAUCUUUUAACCAGGUGUCAGGGUCCGAGGGCGUGAUGAGUGGGACCCUGCAGAGAUGCAGGAACAGCAAGAGAAGUUGGAAAAACUUGUGGUUCCUCCUAAAAGACAAAGUUCUCUAUACGUACCCACAGCCUGAGGAGAGGGUUGCAUGCGAGACCCUCCCUCUAUUGGGUUUCUCCGUGAGGUCAGAGGUUGAAGGAGAGAGCAGUAUGUUUCAGCUGUACCACAAAAGCACUCUCUUCUACACUUUUAGAGCCCAGGAUUGUCACACUGCUCAGAGGUGGGUCAACGCCAUGGAGGAGGCCACAGUCCUGUAGUUAUUGGUGUGCCAUCUUCUCAUUGCAGUUAUAUCUGUUUUUCAGCAUCUAAAAUAAAUGCAUUUUCAUGUCGUACUUAAAAAGCACCGUGUGACCAGCAAGACUCUCAAAGAGCGUUGGCGUGACGUAACAGACAUAUUUUUGGAAUGCCAAGGGAACAAAAUGCUCACACUCAGACAUGUAUUUUGUGCCAAAUUCUUCCUCCAAAGACCUCGUUGAGCUGUGGACACGCUGUAAAAAGCACACUGUAGCACUUCCAGCUCUCUUUUAGUUUACUGCUCAGUUUUAAUGUUUUAAAACAUUUUUAAACCAGAUACUGCUUAAUUUAAAGGGAUAGUUCACCCAAAAAUGAAAUUCCUCUCAUUUACUCACCCUUAUGCCAUCCUAGAUGUGUAUGACUCUUUUUCUUCUGCAGAACACAAACAAAGAUCUAUAGAAGAAUAUUUCAGAUCUGUUGGUCCAUCCAAUGCAAGUAAAUGGUGGCCAGAACUCCCUUUAACAAACAGAUUUGUAAGUGUCAUUCCUUAUACAAUGCAAUAUACUGUAUAUUAAAAAUAUUAUUGGGAAAGCUUAACACAUGGACAGCAGAUUCUAUUCUAUUCAUAAAUGAGAUAAUGAGAUGAGAACAGGUUGGAAUUCUAAGCCCACUGUUUGAUGUGAGUUUAAUGAGUGACAUUUGCAUGCUGUCAUUUCAUGUUUGGAGUAUAUUUAUAUCAGAGUCAUUUGGACAAUGACUUGCACUUAUAAUUUGGAUUGAUUUCCAUCUAGCAACAGAGCUGGAAUUCUCGUUGCACUCGGGGUGAUUUAAUAAUGAGAAUUUACUUUUCCAUUCUGUAUCAACAGGCUAACAUUCUGAUAACUUUCAGUAUUACAAUCUAAAAUAUGAGGACUUAAUUGUGCUUGAAUGUACAAGCAGUGUGUCUGCUGGAAGAAAUAAACUUUCAUUAGCUGCCAUUUCUUGAUUUAAGAAAGCAUGAGUUUAGUGUGUGUGUUCAGUGUGGAUUUUUAAACCUCACCUCACUUUUAUUUCCUGUUGUGUAUGAACAGUCGCUUCUGUAAAUGAGGUGAUGCAUAUGACAAACACUGUUGUCCAAAAGUUUGGAAUAAUGUACAGAUUUUGCUGUUUCAGAAGGAAAUUGGUACUUUAAUUCACCAAAGUGGCAUUCAGCUGAUAACAAAGUAUAGUCAGGACAUUACUGAUGUAAAAAACAGAAUCAUCACUAUUUGAAAAAAGAAAUUUUUGAUCAAAUCUAGACAGGCCCCAUUUCCAGCAGUCAUCACUUCAAUACCUUUUCCUUGAGUAUUCAUGCUAAAUUGCUAAUUUGGUACUAGAAAAUCACUUGCCAUUAUAUCAAACACAGUUGAAAGUUAUUUGGUUUGUUAAAUGAAGCUUAACAUUGUCUUUGUGUUUGUUUUUGAGUUGCCACAGUAUGCAAUAUAUUGGCAUGUCUUACGGUCAAUAUUAGGUAACAAAUGGCAAAAAAAGAGACAGCUUUCUCUAGAAACUCGUCAGCCAAUCAUUGUUUUGAGGAAUGAAGGCUAUACAAUGCUUGAAAUUGCUAAAAAACUGAAGAUUUCAUACAAAGGUGUACACUACACCUUCAAACACAAAGGACAACUGGCUCUAACAAGGACAGAAAGAGAUGUGGAAGGCCAGAUGUACAACUAAACAAGAGGAUAAGUACAUCAGAGACUCUAGUUUGAGAAAUAGACGCCUCACAUGUCCUCAGCUGACAGCUUCAUUGAAUUCUACCUGCUCAACACCAGUUCCAUGUACAAUUGUAAAGAAAAGACUCAGGGGUGCAGGCCUUAUGGGAAGAAUUGCAAAGAAAAAGCCACUUUUGAAACAAAAAAAAAGAGAAAAGGUUAGAGUCGGCAAAGAAACACAGACAUUGGACAACAGAUAAUUGGAAAAGAGUGUUAUGGAACUUAACCUCAUUGAACUUUAGUGGGAUCAGCUAAACUGUAAGGUUUGUGAGAAGUGCCCGACAAGACAGCCACAUCUAUGGCAAGCGCUACAGAAAGUGUGGGGUGAAAUGUCACCUGAGUAUCUGGACAAACUGACAGCUAGAAUGCCAAGGAUCCGCAAAGCUGUCAUUGCUGCACAUGGAGGAUUUUUUUUAUGAGAACUAUUUGAAGUAGUUUAAGAAGUUCUGAACAUUUGUUUUUCAAAUUGUAAUAGUAAUUUUUCAUGUUAUUAAUGUCCUGACUAUACAUUGUGUUCAGCUGAAUGCCACUUUGGUGAAUAAAAGUACCAAUUCCUUUCCAUAAGAGCAAAAUCUGUACAUUAUUCCAAACUUUUGGCUGCCAGUGUACAUUCAAACCUCUAGGUCAGAACAAUGUUGAAAUCAAACUUUCACAACAAAGAAGUCAAAUCUAUGUAGGGGAGACUGGGGCUAGUUGUCACAGGGGCUGUAUCUCUCUUACUAGAAGGUUUUGAGUCAAAAGUCUAUAUAUAUAAAUGUGUUUUCUCUAUACCAGUUGUAUUGUAUGUUGGUUUUAAAUAUUACUAUUGCUAUUAUUUUUUUAUUUAUUUUUUUGUGAAUUUUAUCCUCUAAAGUGCAAAUUUAAUAUCAUCAUAUAUUUGCUAUAGGCUAGGAGUUGGAUAAACAAGUGAACACAAUAAAACCACACUGGCAUAUAAACAUUCAGGCAAGGGUCGACUACAUAUUGAAGGUACAGUUGUGCUCAAAAGUUUGCAUACCCUAGCAGAAAUUGUGAUAU